AUGGGUUGUGCAGCUGGAUAUUCUCUAUAAUAAGAUGUAGAUUAAUCUCUUUUACUUUAACAUGAUUAAAUUUUACUAUUAGAUAGUCCCGUGAAAAAUUUAUACUAACCAAAAACAAUAGAAUUAACUUCUAAUUGUAAAUCUCUUUAAUGGUGCGAUGAUGAUGAUGAUUUGGAGAUUCUUUUUUAAGAAUGCAGUAGAGUAGAAGAAGACUUGAUAAAUGCAAAUUUAAGAAUUCUUAAGAAAGAUUAAAAAUUAAUAUAGCAAAACUAGUACUAGCUUUCAUAAUCGAAUACAUUCUCUUCAACUUCAAUAUGUCUAAACAUAAAACGAAAUCAAUCUUCAAAUAAUUGCAAAUUUCCUGGGAAAAAUGAUUACAUUCCUCAAAGCAUUUUGAAGAGGAAGCGAGUAAAAGAAGGUAAAAUAUAUUCAGGCAAGAUACGAAGUAAGAUAACACAAGAAAAGGUUGUAAGAUUUAGUAAAUGCCAUAUAAGAGUCAUACCUCACAUCUUAACUUCAAAGCGCACUAUUAAUGUUUAAUAAUUAGUUGAUUAAUGA